AUGAUAAUGGCGAGAGGGAUGAUAGCAAAAUAUGGGGUGAUAAAGCUGAAUCUGUGUUCAUUGAUCUUUUGGUGGAAGAAGUUAAAAAGGAAAAUCGUGUUACUUCAACCUUUUCACCAACUGGAUUCGCCAAUCUCAUUGCUGGUUUGA